UGGCCCUUCCACUGCAGAGGGCCAACAGAACAGGAGGCUUGUACAGCUGCGACAUCACCUCCCGGGGGCCUUGCACACGGAUUGAAUUUGAUAAUGAUGCUGACCCUUCAUCAGAAAGCAAGGAAGAUCAAUGGAUGGGGGUCACCGUCCAGAGCCAAGGUCCAGGGGGCAAAGUUGUGACAUGUGCUCACCGAUAUGAAAAAAGGCAACAUGUCAAUACAAAGCAGGAAUCCCGCGACAUCUUUGGAAGGUGUUACGUCCUGAGUCAGAAUCUCAGGAUUGAGGAUGACAUGGAUGGAGGAGACUGGAGUUUCUGCGAUGGCCGAUUGAGAGGCCAUGAAAAAUUUGGUUCUUGCCAGCAAGGAGUUGCAGCUACUUUCACGAAAGACUUUCAUUACAUUGUGUUUGGAGCCCCAGGCACUUAUAACUGGAAAGGCAUUGUUCGCGUAGAGCAAAAGAAUAACACUUUUUUUGACAUGAACAUCUUUGAAGAUGGGCCUUACGAAGUUGGUGGAGAGACUGACCAUGACGAAAGUCUAGUUCCUGUUCCUGCUAACAGUUACUUAGGCUUUUCUUUGGACUCAGGAAAAGGUAUUGUUUCUAAAGAUGAGCUCACUUUCGUGUCCGGUGCUCCAAGAGCCAACCACAGUGGAGCUGUGGUUUUGCUGAAAAGAGACAUGAAGUCUGCACAUCUUCUCCCCGAGCACAUUUUCGACGGGGAGGGUCUGGCAUCGUCAUUCGGCUAUGACGUGGCAGUGGUGGACCUUAAUAAAGAUGGGUGGCAAGAUAUAGUUAUUGGAGCCCCACAGUAUUUUGAUAGAGAUGGAGAGGUCGGAGGUGCGGUGUAUGUUUACAUUAACCAGCAAGGCAGGUGGAAUAAUGUGAAGCCAAUUCGUCUCAAUGGAACCAAAGAUUCCAUGUUUGGCAUUGCAGUAAAAAAUAUUGGUGACAUUAAUCAAGAUGGCUACCAAGAUAUUGCCGUUGGAGCUCCCUAUGAUGAUCUGGGAAAGGUUUUUAUCUAUCACGGAUCCCCGAACGGAAUAAACACCAAGCCAACACAGAUUCUUGAGGGUAAAACACCUUAUUUUGGAUAUUCAAUUGCUGGAAAUAUGGACCUUGAUAGAAAUUCCUACCCUGAUGUUGCUGUUGGUUCACUCUCAGACUCAGUAACUGUGUUCAGGUCCCGGCCUGUGAUUAAUAUUCAGAAAACCCUCACCGUAACACCGAACACGAUUGAUCUCCGCCAGAAAAUGUUCUGUGGGGCACCUAGUGGGAUAUGCCUCCAGGUGAAGGCCUGUUUUGAAUAUACUGCCAAACCCACAGGUUACAAUCCUUCGAUAUCCAUUUUGGGUACACUUGAGGCGGAAAAGGAGAGAAGAAAAUCUGGGCUGUCAUCAAGAGUUCAGUUUCGAAACCAAGGCUCUGAGCCCAAGUAUACUCAAGAGCUAACUCUGAACAGGCAGAAGCAGAGUGCGUGCAUGGAGGAGACCCUCUGGCUGCAGGAAAAUAUCAGAGAUAAACUACGCCCCAUUCCCAUAACUGCUUCAGUAGAGAUCCAGGAGCCAACCACACGGAGGAGAGUGAAUUCACUUCCAGAAAUUCUUCCGAUCCUGAAUUCAAACGAACCCAAGACAGUUCAUAGAGAUGUGCACUUCUUAAAAGAGGGAUGUGGAGCCGACAAUGUAUGUAACAGCAACCUUAAACUAGAAUAUAAAUUUUGUACCCGGGAAGGAAAUCAAGACAAAUUUUCUUAUUUACCAAUUCAAAAAGGUGUCCCAGAACUAGUUCUAAAAGACCAGAAGGACAUUGCUUUAGAAAUCACAGUGACAAACAGCCCUUCCAAUCCAAGGAACCCCACAAAAGACGGCGAUGACGCUCAUGAAGCUAAACUCAUUGCAACUUUUCCGGACACUCUGACUUACUCGGCCUACAGAGAAUUGAGGGCUUUCCCUGAGAAACAGUUGAGUUGUGUUGCCAAUCAGAACGGCUCACAAGCAGACUGUGAACUUGGAAAUCCUUUUAAAAGAAAUUCCAGUGUGACUUUUUAUUUGAUUUUAAGUACAACUGAGGUUACCUUUGACACCACAGAUCUGGAUAUUAAUCUGAAGCUGGAAACAACAAGCAAUCAAGAUAAUUUGGCUUCAAUUACAGCUACAGCAAAAGUGGUUAUUGAACUGCUUUUAUCGGUCUCUGGAGUUGCUAAACCUUCCCAGGUGUAUUUUGGAGGAACAGUUGUUGGUGAGCAAGCUAUGAAAUCUGAAGAUGAGGUGGGAAGUUUAAUAGAGUAUGAGUUCAGGGUUAUUAACUUGGGUAAACCUCUUAAAAACCUCGGCACAGCAACCUUGAAUAUCCAGUGGCCAAAAGAAAUUAGCAAUGGCAAAUGGUUGCUUUAUUUGGUGAAAGUAGAAUCCAAAGGCUUGGAAAAGAUAGCUUGUGAGCCGCAAAGUGAAAUAAACUCCCUGAAACUAAAGGAGUCUCACAACUCAAGAAGGAAACGGGAAAUUGCUGAAAAACAGACAGAUGAUGGCAGAAAAUUUUCUUUAUUUGCUGAAAGAAAAUAUCAGACCCUUAAUUGCAGCAUGAACGUGAACUGUGUGAACAUAAGCUGUCCGCUGCGAGGGCUGGACAGCAAGGCCUCUGUUGUCCUUCGCUCGAGGUUAUGGAACAGCACGUUUCUAGAGGAAUAUUCCAAAAUGAACUACCUGGACAUUCUCGUCCGGGCUUCCAUUGAUGUUGCUGCCGCUGCUGAGAAUAUCAAACUGCCACACGCAGGCACUCAGGUUCGUGUGACUGUGUUUCCCUCAAAGACCGUAGCUCAAUAUUCAGGAGUACCCUGGUGGAUCAUCCUAGUGGCUAUACUUGCUGGGAUUUUGAUGCUUGCUCUCUUAGUGUUUUUACUCUGGAAGUGUGGUUUCUUCAAGAGAAAUAAGAAAGAUCAUUAUGAUGCCACAUAUCACAAGGCUGAGAUCCAUGCUCAGCCAUCUGAUAAAGAGAGGCUUACUUCUGAUGCAUAGUAUUGAUCUACUUCUGUAAUUGUGCGGAUUCUUUAAACGCUCUAGGUACGAUGAUAGCGUUCCCCGAUACCAUGCUGUGAGGAUCCGGAAGGAAGAGCG